GAUGCUCCGCGUAUUGCUGCUGCUGCAGUUGCGAUGAGUCUGAAAUCGGUUGCCCGGUGGUUCGACGAUACGGGUAUUCUGCUGCCCUCAUCGGCGCCACCAUGGAUGAACGGGAACUGGAGGGCGGUGAUGACGUUGUUGGCCCGAUUACUGGCCGAUUCUCUUGCACAACGAAAGCAAUCGUUUGGGUUGGACGAUUCGACCACAUUCGAAGUAUCAUUCAAUACAAUGCGGGAAAUGUCCGAAGAAGUACUGGGUAUUCCGCUGAUGGUCAUAGAAGCCGAUUUAUUCCCGCCAUCGCCGAGCAGUCGUUUCGCUUUGCUUGCCGCUGUUAUCUGUAUCAGAAGUUCCACUGCUUUAGAACCAAAAACGUUGGAAAAAUUAGUUGCCCCAAAACUGAGUUUCGAAAUGGAAAAUGAAGAAGCUGGUAAUCGUAUGAGCGUGAAUUGUAUCGUUUGCUCACAGCGCACAUUUCUUAUCGAGCGUGUAAUUGCACAAAAGGUUUAA